AUGCAGCACCUGUUCAAGUAUCAAGAAAGCACACUCGGAUACCUUCUGUGGCCGGGGCAGUUUGUUGACAAGGCCCUUGGGGAGCGGGUGUUUCGGGCAGCACAGGCCAGUGUCCCAUCUUUUGAGGCAUGCAUGACAGAAGUUUCAUUUACUUCUGAAGAGGUUUCUACGAAGCAUUUUCCAAGUGUGUGCACAGUUCUGAAGGCUAUGCACUUACAGUAUGACGAGCCUGCUGAAAGCAUCAAGCAUCUCGAUACCCACAUAUACUUUAUCAUCGAGCCGCAGCUGCGAGACAUUGCUUCGACUUACCUGCACGGGCUAGUCAUUUACGCUCUGCCAGGUGACGUAGCUGAUAAGGUAACUCAGAGGAGCUUUUGGGACGUUCUCUCGAACCAUUUGGAAUCGUGCAAUGAUCCCAGACAGCUAAGGCGUAGCUACAUAGAAGGCAAUCCGUCGUUUUUGCUACUCUACAUGGGAUAUACCCAAGGGUGCGAUCACUGUAUGACAGGUGUGCUUCUAAGAGUGGAGGGGUUAAACUCCUCCCUUGGAUUUGAAUCAUCAACCAAAGUGUCCUGCAAGGCUUGCUACGAGACGGUGCUUCUAGAUAACCAGAUAAUUGACCCUGUUGAUUGGACCAAAGUAGACACCAUUGAGUGCAUGCACUGUCACUUGGACCACUCUAUCCAUAACUGUGAAACUGAUAAAGACGAGGUCCCAUGUACAGGGUGUGGAGGGUUAUUGUUUCGCCAUGGGUGCUCCAAGUGCAUGGUCUUCACUACCGAGUACGGCUGGGAACACUGCCGAAAGUGCGACACGUGUCACCGCCGUGGAACACCCUGUGCAGCUUCAGACGACCUUUGCGUGCUGUGUCAACUGCCACUCUCUGAUCCCCGAUAUUCUGUUGCACAGCUCAAGUGUCAUAAAGCCCACAUGAUCCAUAGCACCUGCCUGCUGUGUAACAUUGUUAAUGGCAACGAUCGAUGCCCGUAUCAUUGCGGCUCUGUAUUCACGGCUGUGAAGGGGGUAGCAUAG